AUGGACUACGAAGCGUCGGCGUCUGCGGCUUCGGCGGCUCUGGCGGGCGCGCCGGCGGCGGCAGUGGCCUUUCCUCCUCACUUUCCGAACGCACUUCUUCACCAGGGCCUUUCCCUGGCCUCUCCGGUCUCCUCUGUCUCCGCCGUCUCGGCUGUCUCCUGCGUCUCCGCGCCGCCGCCGGCAGGCCUGGCGCCGCGGCACCCUCUGGAGACCCGGCAGAGUCUCCACCUCCGCGAGCGCGAGAGAACAGAAUUCCAGCGAGCUGCGCGGCUGUACGGCCUGCACGCUCCACUGCGUCUGAAGAUGGAGAGAGAGCUCUGCGCGAUGUCGCAGCGCCUGCCGGGUCUGCCCUCCUCGCUCUGGGGACUACAGACGCUGAUGCGCCUCGACGAGGAAGUCGCCGCCGAAGACUUCUUGAACCGGGAGAAGCCCGAUGAAGACGAACUCGCAGGCUUCGGUCCCGGCCUCGGCAUCCACGAGAAACUCGAGAGACGCAUGGGCAUCUGA